AUGAAGCUGACGUUAGUGGAUGACACGUUUCGUUGUUUACCAAAUGUAUUUUUCCGUGAUGCCAUGGGCUUUUUACUUGUAUUUGAUUUAACCAAUGAAGAAUCAUUUUUGAGUGUUCGAAAUUGGAUCGCUCAGUUACAACAGAAUUCUUAUGCAAAUGAACCCGAAAUUGUUUUGGUUGGACAUAAGUGCGAUUUAGCCGAAAAACGUGUGAUUAGUCUACAAAGUGCGAAGACAUUUGCACGAGAAUUGGAUAUUGGCUAUAUAGAAGCGAGUGCUCUGAUGAAUACGAAUGUAAAAGAAUCAUUUGAACUUUUGUUGAAUACAAUAAUGAUCAAAUUGGAAAAUAGUAAGGCACAAAGGAUACCAUUUCCUUCCAAAACUGAAUUGAUCUCAAUGAUGAAUACAACUAAUAAUUCACCGGCAAAUGAAAAAACAAGUGCAAAAACAUGCUGUUAA